UGAAGACCGGCGGCGAGACGACCAGCAAAAGGUCGGUUGCGCGGCGAGAUCUAGCGCGUCCAUUCCGUGGGGUGUCCGUGCACCGCGAUGGGCUUGUGGCUGCUGGUAGUGGCCGCGCUCGUGGGCGGCCCGGCGGCGGGACGGGCGGCGCCCGCCGAGUGGCCCGGGCCCUAUCCCGGCAUCGCGUUCGAGGAGCUGCAGCCGCUGGUGCGUGCCAACGCCAUCUUCCUGCUGGACGUGCGCAACCGGUCCGAACUACUGGACCCGGGCCGCCUGCCGAACUCCCACAACUUGCCGCUGCACGAGCUGGACGAGGCCCUGACGCUGACGGCUACCGACUUCCGUGAGAGGUACGGUUUCGUGCUGCCGCCACCUGAGCAGGAGAUGGUCCUGAUGUGUCGGUCCGGCCGUCGCAUCCAGGUUGCUGCCGCUAAGAUGAUUCCCGCCGGCUACGGCAACCUGCGUCUCUACUACGGCUCUUUCAAAGACUGGGCGCGCCGCGGCGCGCCCGUGUCUCGCGAAAUUCCGGCGGAAGACGUGCGGCUGCGGCUUGCCGGUGGCAAGGACCUGGUGCUGGAUAUUCGCCCAGCGGCGAUCCGUGAUAGAGAGGGACACGUGACCGGCAGCCGCGCGCUGCCGGCAGAGGAGCUCGCCGGUGCACUGCUCCUGCCACCUAGUGGCUUUGAGAAGAAGUUUGGGUUUCGUAAACCGCUGUACGAUGAUCAGCUCACUGUGCUCGGUGGUGGUAAGGAUCGGGCUCUGGAUUCCGUAUCUGUUUUUAAUGUGCGGGGCUACUGCGAUCUUCGUUUGUAUCUUGGUCCGAUGGACAACUUGGGAGCUGAAACUGGGACGGUAGCCAAGUGAUAGUCCACAACUCAACACCUGAGGCGGCGACGACCCAGCAUGGACGUGUGCAAGUGGAUUCUUAAGUAUUUUAUCAGGGGUUACAAACCAGAGUAUUGAUCUUAGGACAUUCAGGUCGCAUUUUUUGUUUUAAGUCUUAUGAGAUGUGUUCAUUUUAUUUUCUUGCUUUUCAGUGCAUCAUGCGGUUUUACUAAAAUGUCUUCUAUGAUGUAGAUGCGCCAGCUCUGAAUGUAUGAAUACAGUAAUGUUACACACAACAACCGUGUAAAGUCAUGCUAUGCCCACAUGAAGCUUCCACGAACUUAAGAAUAUCUGCGUGUUCAGCUAGGUGCUUCGCAAUUCAAUACCGUGACAUACUGACAGAGCAGAAGCAGAGCAUAAAGAAGGAGAAGGAAUGAAACGAAUCGCAUCCUAGUGGAAAGCCGACGUUCUUGCUGUUGUUCAUGCCGUCGUCUGUUCGUUGUCAUUCAUGUCAAACGCCGCCUCAUGAAACCAUAUUUUG